GUUUUAUAGUUUACUCUUGUAUAGUCAUGCUCUUCGUGAUUAUCCUUGUUAUUAAAUUUGAGAAACCAUAUGGUCAAACAAACAUGCUGAUAUAUAUUGGAAUUUGCUCGCUUAUGGGAUCUCUUACGGUAAUGUGUAUCAAGGCUUUAGGAAUUGCCAUAAAGCUCACAUUCACAGGCAUGAAUCAAUUUAUUUAUGCUCAAACUUGGUUUUUCGCUGUUGUUGCAGCUCUCUGUUGUCUCAUGCAACUGAAUUACUUAAACAAGGCGCUGGAUAUUUUCAACACCGCUGUGGUAUCACCCGUCUACUAUGUGAUGUUCACUUUGUUCACUAUCUUUGCUAGCAUGAUUAUGUUUAAGGACUGGGACUCUCAAAAUGCAACCCAAAUAAUUUCAGAAAUCUGUGGUUUUUUCGUAAUUCUCUCAGGAACUUUACUUCUCCACAUGACCAAGGAUACGAGUGACACUUCUAACUCCGAGCAACCCAUUCUAUCUGAAACUGAGCUCCAAAACCCUUAAAACUCUAUAUAUAAUUGUUCUGUGGAAUUUUGUUCUUCACAUCCCCAUAUCUCACUUAACAGUAAACACUUUGACGAUUUUCUGCAUAGGGUAAAAAAGAGCCAGCCAGACAGAAAACUUUACUGUAAGCAGUUUUUUUGGGUUUAUACAAACGCAGAAUAGGAUAGCUGUGAGUUUAUUGUUCUUUGUAACUGAUGUACAUAAACCAUACAAUUUUAGCUAAGAGUUUUCAAUUUUGGUAACACAAAUAUCCGCACACAACCAGAAGGUUCUUUCUGGAUAGCUAUAUUGUAAUUUAACAGAGAUGAUAUUAUCUGGAAAGAGAUUAUUAUUUUUUUAUUU